AUGAAAGCUGUAUCACAAAAUAUUGAAGAGGAUUAGUAGUAAAAAAUAUGUAGAAUUUGCUUUUGUGAAGGAUCUCUAUUUAAUAAAUUUAUUUAUCCUUGCAAUUGUAAAGGCUCUGUAAAAUACAUUCAUGAAAAUUGCCUUAAAACUUACUUAAUCUCUAAAAAUCCUCAAUAAUAAAAUUCUAUUAUGAGAAAAUCAACAAAUAAAUAAAAGUGUGAUCUGUGCAAAAUUGAAUUUUAAGUUUAAUGGAAUAGAAAAUAUCAAAUAAAAACUUGCUAUGAAAUAUUUCAAAGCGAAAAAUUAGCUUUAUUUUUUUUACUAUGCGCUCUUGCUCUUUUAGGUAUCACUAUUUAUAUCUUAGUUAAAGUUAGAUCAGAUCUUGAAGAUAAAGUAGAAGGAGUAGCCAAAGACGUGGUAUCAAUUAUGUUUCUUAUUUUAUGUAUAUUCUCAUUUAUUUUUGUAUUUACUUGCUCUUCAUAUCUCAUAUUAAAGAGCUUUUUCAAAAGAUAAAUAUCAAUAUCUUAAAUAAAAAAACUAUAAUAAUGA